AUGAUGGACCACGGAAUUCCAUCAAUCGCUUUGGUAGCCCUAGAACGUCUUGAGAAUCCUUCUGGGUCCGAUACAGUCGAGCCUUCCACCGAUUCUCCCCCUUCUCCGAGCGGAAUCGAAGGUGCCAUUGAGGAACUACAGGCAAUACCCACCGAGGAACGGGAGCAACGUGCAUGGAAACAUAUUGAGUUUGAGGCCAGAAGGGGUGGAGACGCGGAUGACGAGGCGUAUAUUGCUUUCGAUAGUGGUGACGAGGAGGAUCUGGAGUUGCUUGAUUUUAACGACGAUGAUGAGGAAAUGGAGGAAGAAAUGCCCGCGGACCAAACAAUGGCGCACGACCAAGAGCCAACGCUUGCCACUACUACUCAGCCCAUGAGCGUCACUACCGAAUUCCAGAAUACUUCAUACUUAUCCCAAAGCCCAGAGUACAUCGAACCUAUGCCUCAGCACAUACAGCAGCAACUCGAGCUCUACAACUUCUUACUGAAUGAUCUGGAGGAUGUGAGGGAAAGCUCGGAUCUGGUAGAGAUCAUCGCUGUUGGAGACCUCGUCGAUCGCGUUGGGGAUGAACUGGCGAGGAUUGGGGUAUUCUGUGAAUCAAAGUCAAUAGGUGCUUAUCCGGCGGCAUUUUCGGGCUUUUCCUAG